GGAAAAAGACAUGGACGUGCUCAGCAUCUUACCCAACAUCGAAUACAACCUCAAAAAAUCGAUCGAUCUUGCGGCAACGCUCAACACCAUAGCGGGCAACAUAGAAAUACUUGCUCCACACAUCGACAUAAGGUUGCUGCACGACAUACACGAGAAAAUAGCAGCAAACGGCGAUACAACGAGCAUAAGCAUACUUCUUUCCAAGAUUUACUUCAUAAGGGACGAUUACCGGAACAGCAUUGCAUAUUUCAACGGGAAGCACAAGGAAAACUCAUUCUACUACCAUUUCAUACACAUCAAGCUGGUUGAUACUUACCUGAACAACAGAGACACGCUGAGUGCAGAGCUGAUCGCUUACGUGGAGGAUAUUUUGGAGGAGGAGAAAAACAUGGGAAUAAUCAUGGAAACUAAAAGAUACGACAUGAUAAAACAUGUCAAGGACGGCAACACGCUCGAAUUUCUCAAGGGAAUGAUGGAAAUUGAGGAGUUUCAUCGUCUUGUGCUGCACCUGGACCUGAGGGGUGAGUACAGGUACUUUAUUGACGCUCUUAUUUACACUGAGCUGUUGAAGUGCACGGAGAAAGGCGAUACCGCCGAAAAGGAUGAGGAACAGGCCAAGGAUUUGGUCAAACACAAAGAGAACACUCCGAUUGAGAAUGAGGCUGAGAGACACGGCGUGCGCUUUAUUUCAUACAACGACGUGGAGAGCGCUAAGUUUUCAUGUCGUGGCGCAGUGCACGCUGUGGAGAAGUACAUCGCAUCGCUAUCCGUCAAGGAGCAGUUCGGAGCAUCGUACUAUGUGAGUGAGGCCUUUCCGCAAGUCGCAGCACACGUGAGAAACGCGCUUACCGCUGAAAUAUUGAAUGGCAACUUCAAGCGAAUGCUCGUAAAGGAUUUCUUGCAGAAGAACAACAAGACGAACUUUUCGAUAUUCUCAAGCAUCGCGAAGGGAAUCAAAAAAAACAUCAAGUCGUUGAAUUUGCCGCUCAUCUUCACAAACACUUUUCUUAAUCUGUGCACGGGCAACGACACGUUCUACCGGCGAAACGAAAACUUCUUCAGGGGGUUGAAAGGAUGGAACAAGUACAUCGGUAUUGAGUGCUUUGGGCUCAUACACAUAUUCAGCAAUGACGAUACGGACAAUUCGUCGGAGGUAGAGGCACAUCCUGAAGAGGCAGCUUACAAAAACACUGAGGAAGAGGAAAGUAAAUCGAGUGGGAGCAGAGAAAGACUAAAGUUGAUUGAGAUACUGCAGGAUUUGCUGCCAAGUACAAUAAAGAGCGGUGAAAUUACGUUUGACAACGUGAACAGCACUGAAUCUGCUGCAUUGCACGCGCUCGGCCUGGCAGGAAAAGAAACCGACUUUAUUUUCAAUUUCUUGGACACGGAAAAUUUCUUCGGGAGCACGCUGGGCAUGGGGAACGCGUACUUUGCGACACACAACGCGAUGCUUACCGUCAAAUUCCUCGAGAAUUUGAAACGAGAGGAACUGCAUUUUGAGUGCUUUGCGUAUGCGAUCGGACAGAUUAAUGCGAAGAGUAUGGACAUGAAGCUGCUCACCGAGCUUGAAAAUAUCAUUCGGUUCUCGGAGCACAACCGUAUCGCGUACUCUUCGGCUGUGGCGAUGGCCCUGAUUGCGCUCAACGACAGGAGCUACCCGAUGUACAAUGCUGAGGAAUUGCGGAGCUACAACUUUCACAGCGCAGAGAAUGCGACCACGAGAGACAUCAAGGAGCACAUUGAUGGCAUCCGUGCCAAUUCCAAACACAUGCUGAGCAAGGAGUACAGGAAUAACGAUGCGCUGGAGAACCUGGUUGGGUACAUUUUGUGUUUGACCAAGAACCAAAAUGCGUAUCUCAGGCUGGCAGGCACGCUGUGCCUGGGCACGUUUUUUGUGAAAACCGGCAACGUUGCUGUGAUAGACAGCCUGCUCAACAUGGUGAAGGACAACAGCGAAGAUGUGCGGCGAGCAGCCAUUCUCAGCCUGGGAAUGGUGGUCAGGGAUGAGAAUCUCGUAUCUAUCCUAAAUUUCAAAGUGCUCAGUCAUUGUCCAUUCGUGCGCUCAGCGGUGGCACUUACCAUUGGCCUGUUUCUGUGUGCAUCUGGUAACAGCGAAGCAGUCGAUCUGUUGGAGACUCUGCUCUACGAUUCCAACCCAUUGGUUGUACAAAAUGCGUGCAUAGGCCUGGGCCUUCUUCUGAUGCAGUGCAAUUCAUGUGUCUCGAAUUUCAAGCGGAUUGUGAACAAGGUUGAUCUGAUAAUUUUGCGCUCCGGCGACAAUUCUGCAAAGUUUGGGGCGCUGAUCUUCAGGGGGCUGAUCAACCUCGGUGGCACUAACCUUAUAUUGAGCUAUAAAAACAGCGAAAACAGGAUAAACUACUACAAUAUAUGCAAUUACAUCCUGUUCUACGGCUUUAACUACUUUUACAUGCUUAUAAUAUACCUUGGGCUGUGUUACCAGCCCACGGCAUUCUUCAAGGUGAACGUUAAUGGUGCAAACAAAGACGUGAAGGAGUACAAGAACAUAAAGUAUAAGCUAGUUGGGAAGAUACUGGUGGAGGCGAGCAAGAAGCUUGGUGCGGUUGAGGACGUUUCGCUGCCCAAACGGAAGGUUAAAAAGUUUAGAAGGCGUGGCAAUGAGCAGGUUGAGCCGUGCACAUGUGGUGACAAGGAGGAGGACAAGGAGAGUGGAAAGAAAAAAGAGACAUAUUAUGUAAAGAGCGGUGGGAGACUGACGCUAAGAGAGAUGAUGAAAACGAGGAAGAAGGACUUUUCGAUCGAGUUUACGGAUGAUGAGGAGUAAUAAAUGUGGUUAGUGUCUCAGACAAGAGUUGUGUGGUUAUUCAUACUUGACCGUACUUUAUUUCCAU